CUGUCACAGUCACACUCUCAGUUCUCCGAUCAGCGGUCUGUCCGUGCGCCGCCGACACAGACAUGCGUCCGUGGUUCCCCAGCGCCUUUCGGGCUCUCGCUGCGCUGUCCGCGCUGUCCGCCGUCGACGGUUAUUUCCUUCAUAUGCAAAGGGAAUGCCGCUACAGCUCAGAGGACCUGAAGGACAUCGAGUAUUUCGACAGAUAUGUUUUUAACAAGUUGGAGUAUAUGAGGUAUAACAGCACUCUGAAUAAGUACAUUGGUUACACUGAUAUCGGAGUGAAAAAUGCGGAGAGAUUCAACAAAGAGGGAGAAGCGGAGCGACAGCAUGGCAACCUGGACGGAUACUGCAAGCCCAACGCUGAGCUGGAUUUUGACUCUGUACUGCGGCGUACAGUUGAACCCACAGUCAAGGUCAAAACUGCAGAGGCCUCCAGUGAAAGGCACACCACAAAGCUGCAGUGCAGUGCGUAUGACUUCUACCCUGAAGGAAUCAAACUGAAAUGGCUGAGGAAUGGAGUGGAGGUGAAGGAUGGUGUGACCGCCACCGAGGAGCUUUACGAUGGAGACUGGUACCACCAGAUCCACUCCUAUCUGGAGUUCACACCCCAGUCUGGAGAGACCAUACAGUGUCAGGUGGAUCACAGCAGCUUCAGCCAGCCCAAGACUUAUAAAUGGGACCCAUCACUGCCUGAAGGGGAGAGAAACAAGGUGAUCAUUGGAGCCUCUGGCUUGGUGCUGGGGCUCGUAUUCGCCAUCGCUGGAUUGUUCUAUUACAAGAAGAAGUCCACUGGUGAGAAACCAGUUCAUGUGCACCUUACUGAGGAUCUCUCCUGGAACCAGGACAUAUCCUCCCUGACCAAGAAGGUCCAGCAGCAAACUCACUUCCUGUGGUGCUUCAGACAAGACACACUGCCACCUUCCACCCUGUCCAGCUCAAUUGAAAGCAUCCUCACAAACUACAUCACACCCUGGUUCAGGUCCUGCAAUGUCUCAGACCACCAGUCCCUCCAGCAGCGUGAGGAGGAACAGGACAGUGGGAAGGUUUUACUUCGGCAUGUCACAGGUGUUCCUGACCGUGAUCAGGAACAAUUGAAAAUCCCCUGGUUUUCACUCAGUUACUGUGGAGGAGGACAUAAGAUAAACAAGAAGAGUGACUGGGAAGAGAAAGUGAAAGAGGCCCAGAGCGACUUCUUGUUUUGA